AUGGCGAAGAGCAAAGCAGAAUCUCCGACAGCCCAGCGCCCCUCCGUGUUGGCCAACCGUGCGAGCUCUGGCAUUCAAAAGAAACAGAAAAAGCAAAAGUUAUCCAGGGCGCAGAGAUUGCGACAACAGAAGGGCAUGGAAAGGGCUGAGGCUGUCUUGGAUCAACUCGAGAUCAAGAAGGCCAAGAGCAUUACACGCAGCAAGAUCGUCAAAGCACGAAGGGGUGAUUGGGAAGAACUGAACAAAAAGUCGUCCGCGUUCGCCGCUCUCCAACAAGAUGAAGAGGAUGAGGACGAAGACGAUGAUGCCAUGACCGACACAGUCACACAGUCAAAAGAAAAUCCUAUUACCUUCUCAUCCACGGGGCUCCAUCCGGGAGGAAUCCCUGCAGUCGCAGAUCCUGCCCCAAUCGAUGAGGACGAUCAAAUUACUUGA